AGACUGCCGUGACCGCGCACAGGAGGCUUGACGUCACUGAGGCGCCCUGGCUCUCCUGAGCCGCUGGUACUGCUGGCAAAAAAGAUGGGAAAAUCAGAUAGACAUCUACCCAGUUAUUAACAGAAAAUUAUGUUUUUGCCUUCGAUUUUCAUUUGACAAAGGAAUCAGUAUUGGCACCGAUUUGAACUGCGCCAGACAACGAUAAAGAUUGGUGUCAUAAUUUGUAAAGCUGGUUAGCUUCUGCCAAAAGAGGAACACCUAUCAGCACUGUCUGUUCCUGAAGGUGGAGAGCAUCAGGCCUCUGUUUUAUCAUGAACAUUGUGCUGAACGUUUCCAACUGAAGGAAGAUCACCACCGCAUAUUCAUACAACCGGUCAAAGUCACAACCACAAAAUUAGGAAGAAUAUAACCAGAUAUUUAAGGCCUGUCAUACUUUAAUUUUGCCACCAGGUCCAUUCUUCCAUAAAGCAGAAGAUGUACGGUAGUGCCCGCUCUGUUGGCAGAGGGGAUGCCAACCAUAGUGGAGGAAGAGAUGGAGGUGGUACUGGCAAUCAGGGAUCUGGCCGUUCCCCUCGCCUUCCCCGUUCUCCUCGGAUGGGACACCGUCGGACUAACAGCACUGGAGGUAGUGGAGGGGGUCCUGGUGGAGCUGGAGGCAAGACGCUUUCCAUGGAGAACAUCCAGUCCCUAAACGCUGCGUAUGCCACCUCAGGACCGAUGUAUUUGAGUGACAACGAGGUUGCCAUGGCAGGUGACCAUCUCCCCAAAAGUGGUGGAACAGUGACGACCAUGGGGAGACAGAGGGUGACAUAUGGUUCAAGGGGCAGCAGCAGUGGAGUUGUGGCUGCCAGCACCCCCAACAUCUCCACCUCAGUGCCUGGCAAUGCUGUGCUGCCAGCAGGCAUGAUGGCAGGUGAUGCUCUCGCUUUUGGGGACCACCACAUGGCCUCCACUGUGCCCCAUUCUUUAAGGCAGGCCAGAGACAACACCAUACUGGACUUGCAGGCCCAACUGAAAGAGGUUCUGCGUGAGAAUGAGAUGCUGCGGCGAGAAGUGGAAGUUAAGGAGAGCAAGCUUAGUUCCUCCAUGAAUUCUAUCAAGACCUUCUGGAGCCCAGAAUUAAAAAAAGAGCGAGCUCUCAGGAAAGAUGAGGUUUCUAAGAUCACUGUCUGGAAGGAACAGUACCGUGUGAUUCAAGAUGAAGCACAGCAUCUCCAGAUGACUGUUCAGGCUCUUCAGGAUGAGUUGAGGAUCCAGAGGGACUUGAACCAGCUGCUCCAGCAAGAUCCAGCCAGCCAAGGCCGGGACCUGGCCCUGACAUCUGAGCCUACGGAGGAGAACUACCGGCGGCUCCAGGCCGAGCACGAGAGGCAGGCCAAAGAGCUCUUCCUCCUUAGAAAGACCCUGGAGGAGAUGGAGUUGAGGAUUGACACACAGAAGCAAACCCUGAGUGCCAGAGAUGAGUCCAUCAAGAAACUCCUGGAGAUGCUGCAGAGCAAAGGGCCAUCUGCCAAGGCAUCAGAGGAAGACCAGGAACGGACCAGGAGACUGGCUGAUGCAGAGAUGCACAGGCAUCACCUUGAGAGUUUACUGGACCAGAGAGACAGAGAGAUUACUGCACUAAGAGAGCAGGAGUUGCACCGUCGUUAUGAGGGAACCCCAGAGUCUACCAAAACUAAGGCUCUACAGACUGUCAUCGACAUGAAGGAUGCGAAAAUCAAUUCAAUGGAGCGGAGCCUGAGAGACAUGGAAGAGGAGCUGCUAAUGUUGAAAUCUAAUGGACUUCUGAGCUGCGAGGAGCGUCAGGAGGAGAUGAAACAAAUGGAGGUCUACCGCAGCCACACCAAGUUUAUGAAGAACAAGAUGGAGCAGGUGAAGCAGGACCUCUCCAGGAAGGACACUGAGCUCCUUGGUUUGCAGACCAAGCUGGAGACACUCACAAACCAGUUCUCGGACAGCAAGCAGCACAUUGAAGUCCUCAAGGAGUCCCUCACUGCCAAGGAGCAGCGAGCUGCCAUCUUACAGACAGAGGUGGAUGCUUUGCGUCUGCGCUUGGAAGAGAAAGAGGCAACUCUAAAUAAGAAGAGCAAGCAGAUACAAGAAAUGUCAGAAGAGAAAGGCACGCUCAACGGAGAGAUCCACGACCUCAAGGACAUGCUAGAGGUUAAGGAGCGCAAAAUUAAUGUGCUACAGAAGAAGAUUGAGAACCUGCAAGAGCAGCUGAGGGACAAGGAGAAGCAGAUGAGCAGCUUGAAGGAGAGAGUAAAGUCUUUGCAGGCAGACACUUCCAACACUGACACUGCUCUCAACACACUGGAGGAGUCUCUUGCAGAAAAGGAGCGCAUCAUUGAGCGUCUAAAGGAGCAGCGAGACAGAGACGACCGGGAGAAAACAGAGGAGCUUGACUGUAACAAGAAGGAACUGAAAGAGUUGAAGGAGAGACUGAGCUUACUGCAGGGAGACUUGUCAGACAGAGAGACAUCUCUCUUGGACCUGAAGGAGCAUGCAUCAUCCCUGGCCUCAUCAGGGCUUAAGAAGGACUCUAAACUAAAGAGUCUGGAGAUUGCCUUGGAGCAGAAGAAGGAGGAGUGCCUAAAACUGGAGAACCAGCUUAAGAGAGCUCAGAAUGCAGCCCUGGAGGCUCAGGCCAACACUGAGCUGGCUGAGCGCAUUAAGAACCUUGAGCAGGAAGUGGCCCGCCACAAAGAGGACUCUGGGAAGGCCCAGGCUGAGGUGGACCGCUUGCUGGAGAUCCUUCGGGAAAUGGAGAAUGAGAAGAAUGACAAGGACAAAAAGAUCAAUGAACUGGAGAGUCUGGCCUCCAGGCAGAUGAAGGACCAGUCAAAGAAGGUGGCGUCUCUGAAGCACAAGGAGCAGGUGGAGAAGAGCAGGAAUGCCCGACUCAUGGAGGAGGCCAGGAAGAGGGAGGACAACCUGUCUGAGAACUCCCAGCAAGUGAAGGUGAGCCAUGACACACUACGUCAGAAGGUGGAGCGCAUAGAGGAGCUGGAGGAGGCCCUGAGGGAGAGUGUUCAGAUCACUGCUGAACGAGAGAUGGUACUGGCACAGGAGGAGGCUGCCAGGUCACUCCAGGAGAAACAGAUGGAGGAGCUGCUGGGGGCCAUGGAGAAGGUGAAGCAGGAGCUGGAGUCCAUGAGGGCCAAGCUGGCCUCCACCCAGCAGUCUCUGUGUGAGAAAGAGGCACACCUCUCAACCCUGCGAGCUGAGCGCAGGAAACAUCUGGAGGAGGUGCUGGAGAUGAAGCAGGAGGCGCUGUUGGCUGCUAUCAGUGAGAAGGAUGCUAACAUUGCCCUGCUGGAGCUGUCUUCCUCCAAGAAGAAGAAGACUCAGGACGAGGUGGCUCUGCUGAAGCGGGAGAAGGACCGACUGGUGCAGCAGCUCAAACAGCAGACUCAGAACAGAAUGAAACUGAUGGCAGAUAACUAUGAGGAUGACCAUCUGAAGACUGCCCCUGACCAGACAAAUCACAAACCCUCUCCAGAUCAGAUGAUACCCCCUCUUCUAGCCCUGUCCCAGAACCGCAGUAAGCUCAAGCUCUACAUUGCCCACCUGACAGACCUCUGCCAUGACCGAGACCCCAGCAUCCUCAGCCAGCUCACGCCGCCUUCUCACUACCACCACAGCGACCCCGAAGACUGGGAGGAGGAGCUCCAGAAGAUGAGUGUCGACCAGUUGGAACGGGAGCUGGAGGUGUGUGAGAAGGAGAGCGGAGAGCUGCAGGAGUACGCCAACUCUGUUCUCCAGCAGAUCGCAGACUACUGCCCUGAUAUCCUUGAGCAGGUGGUCAAUGCCCUGGAGGAGUCAUGCUGACAACUCUGACCUCAGACACAACCCAGCUGAUGCCUGGUCUUCACUUAACCCGUAGCUGAGCCCUCUACCUCCACUCAUUGAGGCUCCUGGAAGGAUGAGAGAAUGCUGGGGCAUUAUCUCACCCCACUGAGCUUUUCUUCCUCGCUCUCCUCGUCCACCCUUGCACAAACUUUCAGGACACUUGAGUGCUUUCCUGUCUCAUAUGCCAGACCAACAAAAUCGAAUAUGGGAUGUUCACAAAGUUUGUUGAAGUGUAUGAAAUAGAGCAAAUAGAUUAUUCAUCGCAAACUGGGGUCCACUCAUUCAGUGACAGUCCUAUCAGAUAGUGGAGUCGCAGUGGGAUGAGAAGUUUAAAAACUCACCUUGUAGCAGUUGUGAACUCACCAAAGUCGAUUUUGGGGUGUAGUAUACUUACAAAAGUAAGUUAGGGACAGGUACGUUGGGAGAGAAAGGAUUUCAUAGGAAAGAAGCAAACUUCCGCACAAAGUCUUGGAGUGUACUGCCAACUUGGACAUCUUCAUUCACAGCAGGAAGUGCUAGAUCAAGCACAGUUACCUCAGUCUAGUUCUGUCGCAGUCUAUUUACCUCUCACAGCUUGGUUCCACUGGGCAUGGCUGCUACGCUGCCACUGGAGCUCAUUGCGGCUCUCCGCUGGUGGAGUAUGAGGCUGUGCCUGGUGGAAUAGGACCAUUCUCGCAAAUCUUUCGGGGUAAAUGCAUUCCGUACAUGGGACUGGAAAGCACUUUUUGUCUUAAAGAACUAGGGAGCUGCUACAUCUAGAGGGGAGCAGAGAAGAACCAAGUUCAGUGGGUAAGUCAUGGAGCCAUGUAGAUGCUUGUUUUGUAUUUUUGUCAGUGUCCCCUAACUAGUAGGUUGGAACACAGUCAUUAGUUAGAAGUAGCUACUGGUGGCUGAACAUGUGAACACCUUGGAAAUGCCACUUUCUAACCAAAUAAAUGCAGCAUGUUCUCCAAAUGUUUCUUCCCCCGGCUUGGAGCUGUGGAGGUCUCAAUGUAGCCAGGAUUAAGUUGAAGGUACGCUUUUCUGUGGCUGGGUCAGUGGCAUGAGAGGGGGAUCAAGGCCUGACCUUUGACACAGGUCUAAGGUCAGCUUUUAGUUGCAGUAUGUUCUCAAAUAGGAGUGUGUGUGUGUGUGUGUGAGAGAGAGAGAGAGAGAGAGAGGGGUGAUUAAAAACAAAAAAAAGCUUUUAUUCUUGGUGACGUAUUAAUUUUUAGAUGGUUUUGCACACAACGUCCACUUGAUCAUGAGGUAUGCAAUGUUUCUUUUGAGAACGUUCUAGUGGCCUUGGAGCAUGCACAGAGAUCAGUACUGGACCUAAUGCAGGGAUAUUUAAUUCUCUGCAAUACUGGUGCUAAGGCAUGAUGUAAGAACUUUCGAUCUGAUCCACUGAUCAUUCAGUUUCAUCCAAAGUUUCUAUAGAUGUUACUUAAAGCCCAACUAAUCUUUAGUUUGUUGACUGAAUCACUGAAGAAUACAAGCAAUGCCCCUUUUCUUCUUGUAUUUUUCAGAUCACUUACAAAUGCAAGUGAUAACUCCUUUAUUGUAUUUUUUGAAAUCUUCAGGGCUGAGGUUUUUAAUUACUAAGUGCAUCUACAUUUACAGGAAAUGAAAGUCGCUUUUCUGCAAAUUUUGACUUUUUAGAUCAGUUUGUAAAUAAUGUGAUAUUUAACACGUACAGUGACUGAAUAAAGGUAAUAAUGUGGAAGGUGUUGUGCAUUGUUUAAAAAAAAAAAAACAAAUCUGAAAAGUUAAAAGCAGUGCAGUUGUCUUUUGUGUCUAAUUUUGUCUUUGGGACAAAAUGUGUGUGUGUGUGUGUGUGACAGUACUGCCAUAACUUGCAGAAAGUCAUGUUCUGUAGAGAUAUAUAUAAAUAUAAUACAUAUAUAAAAAAUGUUUACUGUAUGGAUAUGCAUUGAAUGUUUGCACAGAAUCUUGAAGAGCGAGCCGCUCUGAACAAAAUGACCGUGGAGUUAGUGUCCUCAGCAGAAACUGAGGAAAGAUGUGUCAAAAACAACUUUUGUGUCAAAAAAUGUGUGAACUACAAAUGUUUUCAAACCGUGACUGUGUGAUGGGAGAGUACUUUUCUUGCAUUUAUUUCUAAUCGUCAUUUUUUUAUAUAUAUAUAUUUUCACCAUAUGGUGAUGUAAAUGUACUUUCCUGAGAUUCCAGUGUUGUCUUUUCUUCUGACGUGUCAUGUCAAUACUUUUUGUUGGUUGAUGUCAAAGACAGACUGCACCUGGUGGAUAAAAGUAAGUUUCCAACCACGAUGGCCCUCCUGCUGUUGUAAAAGGAUAAUGUUACAAAACAGAACUGCAUCCGGAAGUUUUCUCACUAACUUCCUAUGUAUGUUUGAUAAAUUCGGGUGGGUAGACUUUACCAUAAACAAAAGUCUUGAUUUUGGAGGACGUUGGUUGGAUUAAUUUCUCUCCGUCCCUUUUAACCCCUGACAAAGAAGAAAGCAUUUUUUUUUUUAAGUGUUCAGUUUCCCUUUGGCCUGUGUGUCCCUGCCCUUGCCUUAAUGUCUCAUCAUGUUUUUCUUGACUCCUUAUUGAGGAACACAGAGCUGAUUAAGGGGCUUCUGUCAAGUUCAUGUUGUUUCUUUUCUUUUUGCAUUUGUAUAAGAAAUGUACUGCCUUCUGUCUGUUCAUGUUAAGAAUCAAACUGUGUAAAAAGAAAGCAAAACAGACAUGUUUGUGAGUUAUUUGGAUUUUGUAUGUAUGUAAAUAAAUAAAUUAUAAGCCUUGGA